ACUGGAAGCAAGAUGGCGGUGGUAGUGCGGAGCUUGCAGGACCAGAUCGAAAAAGCAAAAGAAAGCUUAAAAAACGUAGACGAUAAUAUUCGUAAACUAACCGGACGAGAUCCUAAUGAAUCAAGACCGGGUCAGAUACGUCGGCCCGGCGGCCCCACAGCCGGCCCCGGAGGAGGAGGCAGAGGCAGAGGAAUUCACCUGCUCAGGCGUAGUCUCUCAGACAUUGGAAGCGCCGGCCCCCCUGCCAAGCAGAGGGACAUCGAGGGAGCCCUGCUAAGGCUGGCAGGGGACCAGAGGGCCAGGAGAGACGCGCGUCACGACAGCGACGCCGAGGACGAUGACGAUGUCAAAAAGCCGGCGUUGCAGUCGUCUGUAGUAGCUACCUCCAAGGAGCGAACACGCCGAGACCUCAUUCAAGACCAGACCAUGGAUGAGAGGGGAAAACAGAGGAAUCGGCGUAUGUUUGGCCUGCUGAUGGGGACCCUGCAAAAGUUCAAACAGGAGUCCAACGUCUCUACAGAGAAGCAAAAGCGACGUACAGAGAUUGAGCAGAAGCUCGAGGUUCAGGCUGAGGUUGAGAAAAAGAAAGUGGAGAAUGAAAAGAGGGAGCUGUUUGAGGAGAGGAGAUCCAAACAGACUGAGCUGAGGUUACUGGAGCAGAAAGUCGAAUUAGCUCAGCUGCAAGAAGAGUGGACCAGCCACAACAACCGUCUGGUGAAAUACGUUCGCACCAAGACCAAGCCUCACAUCUUCUACCUGCCUGGAAAAAUGUGCUCUGCCACUCAGAAACUCCUCGACGACUCCACCAAGAAACUAAACGCUGUGUUUGAUGAGAGGCGCGAGGCGUUUGCUGAACACCUCAGCAAGAUGGAGUCUCGCCCCCGGCGACAGCCAAACCGCGACCAGGACGGAAACACAGCGGCAACGGGGACGGACCACUCGGCAGAGGGUAAGCCAGCAGGUCAGGUAGUCAAGGUGACAGGUAACAAGCGGGACGCAGAGAUGGAGGAAGACGAGGAGGAAGAUGACGAGGAGGAGGAAAGGGAAAAGGAGGGGGAUAGAAAGGUGGAAGAGAAGGAGGACGGGUUAAAGAAGAUAGAGGAGGAGGUGGAGGGGAUGGAGGUUAGCGUGGGGGGGGUUGAGGAGGAGGAGGAGGAGGGGGUAAAGAAGGAGGGAGAGGAGGGGGUAAAGAACAGGGAGGAGCAGAGGGACAAAGAUAAGGAGGCAGGUCCAGGGUCAGAGGAGAUGGAGGUGGAGGUUAAGGGGGGGGCAGAGAAGGAGAACAGGAGCAAGAUAGAGGAGGGAGAAACAGACAGAAAAGAAGGGCCCACAGACCCCCAAAAUGAAAAGACCCCGGACCCCCAGUCCUCUGAAGCAACCGUAACCAUCCAAGAAGCCCCCACCAACACCAGUCAGCAGACCCAGCCUAGCCCCACCCUAACCCCAGGGGAACCAGGAGUAAAGCCCUCUGAGACCCAGGGGGCCUCUCCAACCCCAGAACCCCAAACAGCCUCCAUCACACCCGGGCAGGAUUUGAUCACAAGUGGCCUCGUGGUGCAAGAUUCAGCUGCAGAGAACCAGGGAGCAGAAGGGAAAACGGGGGAUGAAGCACCCCAAAAACCUCAAACCGAUACCCAAGAGGCCCACAGCGUGACCCCCGCCCCCUCUAAUAAUAAGGAGGACAGCAACAGCAGAGGAAGGAAGAAACAAAAGGAGCCGAAGAAGGGCCGCAGCAACAGCUCCUCCUCUUCCUCCUCCGGCUCCUCCUCCAGCGGGAGCUCGUCCUCCUCCUCAGGAUCCAGCCGCUCCUCUUCCUCCUCCUCCUCCUCUUCCUCGUCGUCGUCCAAGAGCAGCAGCCGGAGCCGCAGCCGGGACAACGGCAAGCGCAAACGGAGGUCGUCAGGCCGAGACAGGAAGAAAGGAGAAGAGAGGAGCCACCGUAAGAGAGGGGGGAGUGGCGGAGAAGGGAGGGACUCGAAAGGAUCCAAGGAGAGGAGGAAGAGGAGGAGCGACGAAGGGAGGGGCAGGUCUUCCCGGAGCGAUAGGGAGCAUAAAGAUAGAGACAGGAAGGACAAAAGACGUUAACAGAUGUGUCGCUCAGCCUCUGUGUUAAGCUGGGAAAACACACCUACUACAUGAGAUGAUGUUUUUAAACUAGCUGCUUCCCUCAAAAACGCCACAUUUUCCACGAGGCCCAUUCAAGUUUUUAACUAAGGAUGUUUCUCAGUGUAGGAAUCUGUAAGGUGAUGGAUAAACUAAAUAGAAAACAGGUGAUUUUCCAUGAUAUUUUUUUUCUUGUUACUCAGCAAAAGAAAUGUUCCCUCAAUCCUUCUCUAAUCGGAGCCCCUAAACAGGUUUGUCCUGUCCUUUUUAAAUUCAAAUGACUUCUCUUCAGUCUCACAUUCGGCUUUUAAAAACAUCUUUUGUGCCACUAUGAUGAAAAGCAAAGAUGGUAUUGAAUGUUUCUUUCUUCAUCCUGAUCAUAAUGCAUCGGGCUGUGAGGGUAUUAACGGUUACAGGAGCGGUGGCGGUUAAUCGUAACAGUAGCUGUACGUGUUUUUUUUUCAAGUCGAUGUGUCAAUGCUGUUAAUUCCUUGUUGAUUUUCACUGUUUUGAUCAGUGUCACGGCCCCCUUGUAUCUUCAUCACGUGGGUACAUGAGCAAUUUUGCUCAAAUACAGGUUUUUGAAAAUGUUUUUUUCCAUUGUUUUGUACCAGCUAAUCUGCUUCAAAUUAAAGGUGAGGUAUUAGUGGAAA